CUCCCUGCAGGUGUGAAUGACAGAGGUGGUGCCGUCCAGCGCCCUCAGUGAGGUCAGCCUGCGCCUCCUCUGCCACGAUGACAUAGACACCGUGAAGCAUCUGUGCGGCGACUGGUUCCCCAUUGAGUACCCAGACUCAUGGUAUCGUGAUAUCACAUCCAACAAGAAGUUCUUUUCCCUUGCCGCAACCUACAGGGGCGCCAUCGUGGGAAUGAUAGUAGCCGAAAUAAAAAGUAGGAGCAAGAUACACAAGGAGGAUGGAGAUAUUCUAGCCUCCAACUUCUCUGUUGACACGCAGGUUGCGUACAUUCUAAGUCUGGGAGUAGUGAAGGAGUUCAGGAAGCACGGCAUAGGUUCCCUUCUACUUGAGAGUUUGAAGGAUCACAUAUCAACCACCGCCCAAGACCACUGCAAAGCCAUCUACCUGCACGUCCUCACCACCAACAACACAGCAAUAAACUUCUAUGAAAACAGAGACUUUAAGCAACAUCACUAUCUCCCCUAUUAUUACUCCAUCCGAGGGGUCCUCAAAGAUGGCUUCACCUAUGUGCUCUACAUCAACGGCGGCCACCCUCCCUGGACAAUCCUGGACUACAUCCAACACCUGGGCUCUGCGCUAGCGAACCUCAGCCCUUGCUCCAUCCCGCACAGGAUCUACCGUCAGGCCCACAGCCUGCUCUGCAGCUUCCUGCCGUGGUCUGGCAUCUCCAGCAAGGGGGGCAUUGCUUACAGCCGGACCAUGUGAUGCCAGCUGGGCUCUGCCCUCUGGCACCCCGCAGAACCGCCUUCCUGGCUGUUGGACUUCUGUCAUCUGCAGAGGAGCCGGAGACCCCUUGCCAGGCCCGUUGGCCUGCCCCAGCUGCAGGCCCGGUGCUACGCAGGCUCGGAGCAGAGCGUCGCGGGCACACCUGGUCUCUGAGAGGUCUGUUGAGAUGUACAUCCAGGAAGACUUUGAGGAGUUUCCCCCGCCAGAGGAGGACGUUCACUUCGGAACCAACACCGGCAGCACCUUGGAUCUUCCCUGGCAUCAACCCGGAAAUUCACUCUCAACACAGAUGGCAGGUGCUUCAAGAAGCUCUUUCUCUGCAUUGACCUCGCCACAGACAGACCAGGGACAAGAAGGUGCAGGCCUUGGCUUUUAUUGAAAUUAGACCUGCGGGCUCCCCGGCCUCUUGGGGCCUAAAUCUCCACUCAGCCUGGCCUCCCAGGGACAAGUGGCCGACCUGAGCUGGAGCAGGCUGCAAGGGCUUCUAUUUUUUCUGUUCCUCCUGAAGGACUUCCUCCUCCCCCCCCCCUUCCUGAGGCUAGCCCAAGCUCUGGUGCUGGGCAGCUGCUGGGGUGUCUCAGUGUGGGACAACUGCCGGUAGGGACUGAGCCCUUCCUGCCUCCACCGGAGCCUGCCUCCUCCUGAGCCAUCCUUUUUCCUCCUGUCCACAGCUGGGACAGCCAGGCUUGGCACUCAGAUCCCUAUGGUCUCUCCAGAGCCCCAGAGCGGGUUCGCUUGCAUAAGGGACAUGUGGACUCCUCUGAGGCCCCCCAGGACCUCUUGGGUCUGAGCCCCAAGCCUUCGGAGGGACCCAGCUGGGAGGGGACACCCUUGGCUGGGUCCAUGCUGGAACUGGAAGCUGAGGAAAGAAGGGAGAGACAAAUCACUCAGAGGGACCCAAGUGGAGGCUGCCAGGCUAUCCUACAAACCCCUCCCCAACCCCCAGAACCUGGCAUUCUUCAAAAUAGGAAGGGAGGGGGAAUUCUCCUGAAAGAGAGCCCAUGAGGGAGGGAGGAAGAAGGAGGAAACAGAUGGUUCAAACUGAAAGGACCUUUGUCUAACCACCCCCUCAUUUUAUAAAUGGGCAUGCUGAAGCUGGGGACAGCAGGGGUGAUGGUGGGGAGCUGUCCAAGGUCCUUCAUUGAGUGCAGAGCUGGGACAGGAACCCCAGAACCUUGGGAAUGAAGAAGGGCCCAUCUCGGUCCACCUGAGUCCUCAGCCAACCCUUCCCUGAGUCGUUCCCUCCUGUCUCCAGCCCUGCCUCACCCGGACAGGUGCUUACCUGUAUUUCCCAGGCUGUCCCUGGGCACUGGAGCUUCCAAUAGGGCUGAGCAAUGGCUGUUAACGGAGCCCAGAGUCCCCCGUGGCAGGUCUAGGGGCCAGGCCAUGCUCUCAGGCCGUGGGAGGCAGCCCCUGGCCAUGAGCCGGCCUAGCCAGUGGCUCUCACACUGGCCAGCAGCCUGCAUGUGGCCUGGCAGGUAGAGAGCCAGGCCCCGGAGGUGGCGCAGCCGGAAGUUCUUGGGUUUGCUUCCCUGGGCACUGGGGCACUGCUGCUGCUGGGCCCCCAGCCCCCCCUCAUAGAUGUUGGGUGGUGUGUCGGGGUGGCUGGGAUGUCCUCGGGCCCAGCUCACUGCAUCUGCAGAGGGGAGAGCAGGAGGGUGGUGGCUGGCAGGCCGCAACAGCCAAGAAGGGAGAACACAGUCACAUGCUCCAAGACCAGCUGGUGUGAUGGGCACUACCUGAGACUUGCUGAGCCUCACUCUACCUUUCCGUCAGAUGGGCGCAGUCCCCUGCCUCCCACCAACACACACAUACUACUCCUCUUCCCUUUCCCAACCAACAGGAAGGUCUGAGAAGCCUGAGAUCGUGACAGAAAGAGCUCUUUCAGUAUUUCAAGCCUUUUCUACCACCCCUUUCUUCCCCCUACCCUAGAAAGAGCAUUCCGGUGUCAGUAUAGAAAUUGCAGUGGGUCCAGGGUCACACAGCCUAGACCAGUGGCCAUUCCCCUCUCCCAAGCAUGCAUGUCCCUGAGGCCAUUCUGGUGGCUUUGGGCCCAGGUCAGGAUAGGAGUGCAUCUCUCCUCCUGCCACUCCUCCCUGCAGCCCGGCACCUUCUCUUAUGCGCAGCUCAGAGAACGCACAGACCAAGGCUUCCAUGGAGGGCCAGCGUGGUGGGGGAGGAGAGGCUGGGCCUCCUGUGCAGCAGGGCUCUGCUCUCCCCCACCUGGGUCUGCAGGUCUCCCAUGGCAACCAGCUCUAUGAUGUCAAACGGAAGACUUCCAGCCUUCCUGGACUCCCAAGUUUGGGAGGGGAUGCUGCCUAGGGCUGGAGCAGGGUGGGUAGAGGGCAAGGGAAAGGGGUGGAACCCUAGGGGAGGUCCCUGAUCCUCUGACUUGGGACAAGCUACACGAAAUAGACUCAGCUCUUGCAGGCUGGAAAGUCACUCCCAGGGUGACCUCUUGGGGUCUCAGUUUGCUCCUCCAUGGGUGGGAAAUGAGGCUUUAUGGACACAGACUUAGAUCUGAGCCAGUGCUUUGAGCCUCCUGAGGAGGUGGUUCAGGGUAGCUGAGCAAGUCACUUAAUUUUUCUGAAAUUACACUGUCUGUUGCCCUAUAAAUAGAUGAUGGGGUAUCAUGUGGGUCAUACCAAGUAUUAGGAUGUGGAAGAACCGGAGCUCUCAUGUACUGCUGAGGGGAAUGUAAAGUGGUACCACUGCUUUGGGAGACAGUUUCUUCAAAAGUUAAACUUUCACCUCUCCUCAUUCACAGAUGACGUGCUCUCAUGUAGGGAAAACAUUAACUCACAUGUAAAAACAAAGCUGCUUUGAGCUGAUAAAAACCAGUAGAGAGAAACCAGCUUAUUAGUUACAGGAUAUAAGAUCCACUCAAAAAAUUAAUUGUAUUUUUAUGUACUAGCAAGGAACAAAAAGAAUAAAACAAUAAAACAAAUUAAGGAGGUACAAGAUAACACUGAAAACUACAAAACAGCUAGAAAAAAAAAAAAGACUGACAAAUAGAAUACCCCCCAAAAUCCUUGUUUAUGGAUUGAAGGUUUAACAUUGUUAAGACAGCAAGACUCCCCCAAAUGAUCUACAAAUUCAGUGCAAUCCAUAUCAGAACCCCAAUAGUCUUUUAGGCAGAAACAGGAAAGCUGAUCUUAAAAUUCAUGUGGAAUUGCAAGCCAAAUACCCAAAAACAAUCUCAAAAAAGAAAAAGUUGGAAGACUCCUUUUCCCUGAUUGCAAAACUUACUCUAAUUCUACAAUAACCAAAACAGUGUGGAAUGAGUAUAAGGCUCAACAUCUCAACCAAUGUAAUAAAAAGGAGAGUCCAGAAAUGAA